CGCGGCCUCAGCCCCGGCCGCGGCCCCGGGCUGGGAGGUGGCGGUCCGACCGCUGCUAUCCGCCUCCUACUCCGCCUUCGAGAUGAAGGAGCUGCCGCAGCUGGUGGCCUCAGUCAUCGAGAGUGAAUUAGAAAUCCUGCACCACGACAAGCAGUAUGAGCCCUUCUACUCUUCCUUUGUCGCACUUUCCACACACUAUAUCACAACGGUCUGCAGCCUCAUUCCCCGAAAUCAGCUCCAGUCAGUGGCAGCUGCCUGCAAAGUCCUGAUUGAAUUCUCUCUCCUGCGCCUAGAGAAUCCAGAUGAGGCCUGUGCUGUAUCCCAGAAACACUUGAUUCUCCUUAUCAAAGGCCUGUGUACUGGCUGUAGCCGGCUAGAUCGAACUGAAAUCAUUACUUUUACUGCAAUGAUGAAAUCUGCCAAGCUACCACAGACAGUGAAAACUCUCUCAGAUGUGGAAGAUCAGAAGGAGCUGGCUUCACCAGUUAGCCCAGAGCUCAGACAAAAGGAGGUACAAAUGAACUUUUUGAACCAAUUGACCUCAGUCUUCAAUCCUAGAGCAGUAGCAACACCAUCCCUCACACCAGUGAUUCAGGUGGAAGGAGAAAACGAUGACCAGUCCUCAGCAGAUCAAGCCUCUGCUAUCAAGACCAAGAAUGUAUUCAUAGCUCAAAAUGUGGCUAGUUUACAGGAGCUUGGUGGCUCAGAGAAGCUGCUUCGUGUGUGUCUGAAUCUGCCAUAUUUUCUACGCUACAUCAAUCGGUUCCAAGAUGCUGUGUUGGCUAAUUCUUUCUUCAUUAUGCCUGCAACAGUGGCAGAUGCCACUGCUGUCCGUAAUGGUUUUCAUUCAUUAGUCAUUGAUGUAACCAUGGCAUUGGACACCCUUUCUCUCCCUGUUUUGGAACCCCUUAAUCCUGCUCGAUUACAAGAUGUGACAGUGCUCAGCCUCAGCUGUCUCUAUGCAGGUGUGAGUGUGGCCACUUGUAUGGCCAUUCUUCACGUGGGCAGCACCCAACAGGUGCGGACAGGCUCCACAAGCUCCAAAGAAGAAGAUUAUGAAAAUGAUGCUGCUACAAUUGUCCAGAAAUGUCUUGAAAUCUACGAGAUGAUUGGGCAGGCCAUCAGCAACUCCCGGCGAGCUGGUGGUGAGCACUACCAGAACUUUCAGCUGUUGGGUGCAUGGUGUUUGCUGAACAGUCUCUUCCUCAUUCUGAAUCUCAGCCCAACUGCCCUAGCUGAUAAGGGGAAAGAGAAAGAUCCUCUGGCUGCCCUCAGAGUGCGAGACAUCAUUGCUCGGACGAAGGAGGGUGUGGGCUCUCCCAAACUGGGACCUGGGAAAGGCCAUCAAGGAUUUGGGGUCCUUUCUGUAGUGUUGGCAAACCAUUCAAUCAAACUAUUAACAUCUCUUUUUCAAGACCUGCAAGUUGAGGCUCUUUAUAAGGGUUGGGAGGCAGAUGGCCCCCCGGCAACCCUGAGCAUCAUGGCUCAGAGUACGUCAAUACAGAGAAUUCAACGAUUGAUUGACUCUGUUCCACUCACAAAUCUGCUGCUGACCUUGCUCUCUACCUCGUACAGAAAGGCAUGUGUCUUGCAGCGUCAGAGGAAGGGCUCCAUGAGUAGUGAUGCCAGUGCUUCUACUGACUCCAACACCUACUAUGAGGAUGAUUUUAGCAGCACGGAGGAGGACAGUAGCCAAGAUGAUGACAGCGAGCCUAUCCUCGGGCAGUGGUUUGAGGAAACCAUCUCUCCGAGCAAGGAGAAAGUGGCACCUCCUCCCCCUCCACCUCCUCCACCACUGGAGAGCUCACCUCGCGUCAAGAGCCCAAACAAACCUGCUGCUGGCGAGAAAGGCAACAUCCUGGCCAGUCGCAAGGACCCCGAGCUGUUUUUAGGUUUGGCUUCUAACAUUCUGAACUUCCUCACCUCCUCCAUGUUGAACUCUCGAAACAACUUUAUUCGCAAUUACUUGAGUGUUUCUCUGUCUGAGCAGCACAUGGCUACCUUAGCCAGCAUCAUCAAGGAGGUGGACAAGGAUGGGCUCAAGGGUUCAUCAGAUGAAGACUUUGCUGCUGCACUUUAUCACUUUAACCACUCUCUAGUCACGUCAGACCUUCAGUCUCCUACCCUGCAGAAUACUCUGUUGCAACAACUGGGAAUUGCUCCCUUUUCUGAUGGCCCGUGGCCUUUGUACAUCCACCCUCAGAGCUUAUCUGUCCUCUCACGCCUCCUGCUUAUCUGGCAGCACAGAGCCAGUGCUCAAGGAGACCCUGAUGUUCCCGAAUGCCUUAAAGUUUGGGAGAGGUUUGUGGCCACAUUGAAACAAAAUGCCUUGCAAGGGGUGCUUCCCAAUGAUACGGAAGACCUGAACGUAGAGCAUCUGCAGCUUCUCCUCCUUCUUUUCCACAACUUCUCAGAGAAAGGUCGUCGUUCGGUAUUGACUCUUUGCAUCCAGACCAUCCUGGAGUUGACAUCCAGCUUGGACUCUCAGCUGCGCUCAGUGCCGUUGCUCCUGGCACGCCUUCUCCUGGUCUUUGAUUAUCUGCUUCAUCAGUACUCCAAAGCCCCCAUGUACCUUUUUGAGCAGGUGCAGUAUAACCUUCUUAGUCCUCCUUUUGGCUGGGUGAGUGGACCUCAGGAAAGUGGCCGCAGAGCCACUGUGCCCUUGUAUCAUGGCUUCAAAGAAGUGGAAGAAAACUGGACCAAACAUUGCUCCUCAGAUGCUGCUCCACAACCCAGGUUUUACUGUGUACUAUCACCAGAAGCCUCAGAAGAUGACUUAAAUCGCCUUGAUAAUACGAUCUGUGAGGUCCUCUUCUCCAGAGCCAUGAAAUACGAUGAGCUGUACAGUGCCCUGACUUCUUUGCUAGCAGCUGGAUCUCAGUUUGACACGGCCAGGAGGAAGGAGAGCAAGGAUGUGACAGCGCUGGAGGCUUGUGCCCUCCAAUAUUACUUCUUGAUACUCUGGAGGAUCCUGGGGAUUUUGCCACCGUCAAAGAAAUACAUGAACCAGUUGGCUAUGAACACCCCUGAGAUGAGUGAAUGUGACAUCCUGCACACUUUGCGCUGGUCAUCCCGCCUUCGCAUUGGCUCUUAUGUCAGCUGGAUAAAGGACCACCUUGUCCAGCAGGGCAUGAAAGCAGACCAUGCUAGUUCUCUCAUAGAGCUCGCCUCCACCAAGUGCAAUUCUGUGAAAUAUGAUGUGGAAAUAGCAGAAGAGUAUUUUGCUCGACAGAUCUCAUCAUUCUGUGGCAUCGACUGUACCACCAUCUUGCAGUUACAUGAGAUUCCCAGCCUGCAGUCCAUCUAUACCCUCGAUGCAGCCAUUUCCAAGGUCCAGGUCUCUCUAGAUGAACAUUUUUCCAAGUUGGCAGCUGAGACCGACCCUCAUAAGUCAUCGGAGAUAACUAAGAACCUGCUGCCUGCUACAUUACAGCUGAUUGAUACCUACGCAUCAUUCACUAGAUCUUAUUUGCUGCAAAGCCUUUCUGAAGAGGGAUCCACUGAGAAUAAACCUUCUGAAGAGAAAUUGGGAGGUUAUUCUGCUGUCUUAGCAAUAGGCUCGAGCCGCUGCAAGUCCAAUACUUUGGGUUCUACACUUGUUCAGAAUUUACCAUCAUCUGUGCAGGCCCUGUGUGAGUCAUGGAACAAUAUUCACACAAAUGAGUUUCCCAAUAUUGGAUCCUGGCGUAAUGCGUUUGCCAAUGACACAAUUCCAGCAGAGAGUUAUAUCAGUGCUGUGCAGGCCGCUCACCUGGGGACCCUUUGCAGCCAGAGUCUGCCCUUGGCUGCUUCCUUGAAGCACACACUCCUUUCUCUGGUCAGACUGACUGGGGAUCUUAUUGUUUGGUCCGAUGAGUUAAACCCUCCCCAGGUAAUCCGGACACUGCUGCCCCUUCUUUUGGAGACAAGCACUGAGAGUGUGGCUGAGAUGAGCAGCAACUCCCUAGAAAGGAUUCUGGGCCCAGCUGAGUCAGAUGAAUUUUUGGCUCGAGUUUAUGAGAAGCUGAUCACUGGGUGUUACAACAUUUUGGCCAAUCAUGCAGAUCCUAAUAGUGGGCUAGAUGAGUCCAUCUUGGAAGAGUGUCUCCAACAUCUGGAGAAGCAGUUGGAAAGUAGCCAGGCUCGCAAAGCUAUGGAGGAGUUUUUCACUGAGAGUGGAGAACUUGUCCAGAUCAUGAUGGCCACAGCCAAUGAGAACCUCUCUGCUAAAUUCUGUAACCGAGUUCUGAAAUUCUUCACCAAACUCUUCCAGCUGACUGAGAAGAGCCCUAACCCCAGCCUGCUCCAUCUCUGCGGUUCCCUCGCCCAGUUGGCAUGUGUGGAACCUGUGAGGCUCCAGGCCUGGCUCACUCGCAUGACCACAUCACCCCCCAAGGAGUCUGACCAGCUGGAGGUGGUGCAGGAGAACCGGCAGCUGCUGCAGCUACUGACCACCUACAUUGUUCGAGAAAACAGCCAAGUUGGGGAAGGUGUUUGCACCGUGCUGCUGAGCACCCUGAUCCCUAUGGCGACAGAAAUGCUGGCCAAUGGGGAUGGCGCUGGUUUUCCUGAACUCAUGGUUGUGAUGGCGACGCUGGCCAGUGCAGGCCAAGGUGCUGGCCACCUCCAGCUUCAUGGUGCUGCUGUGGACUGGUUGAGCAGAUGUAAGAAAUACUUGUCUCAGAAGAAUGUAGUUGAAAAAAUGAAUGCUAAUGUAAUGCAUGGGAAGCACGUGACUAUUCUGGAAUGUACCUGCCAUAUUGUAUCUUACCUGGCUGAUGUCACCAAUGCCCUGAGCCAGGGCAGUGGUCAGGGCCCUAGUCAUCUCUCAGUGGAUGGAGAGGAGCGGGCCAUCGAGGUCGACUCAGACUGGGUAGAGGAACUGGCAGUAGAAGAAGAAGACUCUCAGGCUGAGGACUCAGAUGAAGAUUCUCUUUGCAACAAACUAUGUACAUUUACUAUCACACAGAAAGAAUUCAUGAACCAGCAUUGGUACCACUGCCAUACCUGCAAGAUGGUGGAUGGGGUUGGCGUGUGCACUGUGUGUGCUAAGGUCUGCCACAAAGAUCACGAGAUUUCCUAUGCCAAGUACGGGUCCUUCUUCUGUGACUGUGGAGCCAAAGAAGAUGGGAGUUGCUUGGCUCUGGUGAAGAGGACACCCAGCAGUGGCAUGAGUUCCACCAUGAAGGAGUCAGCAUUUCAGAGUGAGCCUCGGGUUUCUGAGAAUGUGGUGCGUCAUGCUAGCAGCUCAUCACCAGCAGACAAGGCCAAGGUCACUAUCAAUGAUGGCAAAGUUGCUGAUGAAGAGAAACCCAAAAAAAGCAGUUUAUGUCGGAGUGUGGAAGGUUGUCGCGAGGAACUUCAGACCCAGGCAAACUUCUCCUUUGCUCCCUUGGUGUUAGAUAUGCUUGGCUUCCUCAUGGAGGCAAUUCAAAUCAACUUCCAGCAAGCUUCAGCCAUGGGCAGCAGCAGUCGGGCACAGCAGGCACUCAAUGAGUUACACACCUUGGACAAGAUGGUAGAGAUGACAGACCAGCUGAUGGUCCCCACCUUAGGGUCUCAGGAAGGUGCCUUUGAAAAUGUCCGGAUGAACUAUAGUGGAGACCAGGGCCAGACAAUUCGCCAGCUCAUUAGUGCCCACGUGUUGAGACGUGUGGCAAUGUGUGUGCUGUCUUCACCCCACGGGCGACGUCAACAUUUAGCUGUCAGCCAUGAAAAGGGCAAGAUUACUGUUCUGCAGCUCUCUGCACUUCUCAAACAAGCAGAUUCCAGUAAAAGGAAGCUGACUCUCACUCGCCUGGCAUCAGCACCAGUCCCCUUCACUGUAUUAAGUCUCACUGGAAAUCCUUGUAAGGAAGACUAUCUUGCUGUGUGUGGGCUGAAGGACUGCCAUGUGCUGACCUUUAGUAGCUCAGGCUCCGUUUCUGAUCACUUGGUGCUGCAUCCUCAGCUGGCAACAGGAAACUUUAUCAUCAAAGCUGUGUGGUUACCUGGCUCACAGACAGAGCUGGCCAUCGUCACUGCAGACUUUGUCAAGAUAUACGACCUCUCUGUUGAUGCCUUGAGCCCAACUUUCUAUUUUCUCUUGCCAAGCUCAAAAAUCAGAGACGUUGCUUUUCUCUUCAACGAAGAGGGCAAGAACAUUAUUGUUAUCAUGUCCUCAGCUGGCUACAUCUACACUCAGCUCAUGGAGGAGGCCAGCAGUGCCCAGCACGGGCCUUUCUAUGUCACAAAUGUGCUGGAAGUCAAUCAUGAAGACCUGAAGGACAGCAAUAGCCAGGUGGCAGGAGGAGGCGUGUCUGUGUACUACUCCCACGUGCUGCAGAUGCUCUUCUUCAGCUACUGUCAAGGCAAAUCCUUUGCAGCCACCAUCAGCAGGUCUACUCUGGAGGUGCUGCGGCUCUUCCCCAUCAACAUUAAGAGUACUAAUGGCGGCGGCAAAACUUCUCCUGCCCUUUGCCAGUGGUCUGAGGUGAUGAAUCACCCUGGUUUGGUGUGCUGUGUCCAGCAAACUACAGGUGUGCCGCUAGUGAUCAUGGUGAAACCAGAUACCUUUCUCAUCCAGGAAAUCAAGACUUUGCCAGCUAAAGCAAAGAUCCAGGACAUGGUUGCUAUUCGGCAUACAGCCUGCAAUGAGCAGCAGAGGACAACUAUGAUUCUGCUGUGUGAGGAUGGCAGUUUGCGCAUUUACAUGGCCAAUGUGGAAAACACAUCCUACUGGCUCCAGCCUUCCCUGCAGCCCAGCAGUGUCAUCAGCAUCAUGAAACCUGUCCGCAAACGCAAGGCAGCAGCCAUUACUACUCGAACUUCUAGCCAGGUCACCUUCCCCAUUGAUUUCUUCGAACACAAUCAGCAGCUGACAGAUGUGGAAUUUGGUGGCAAUGAUCUCUUACAGGUCUACAAUGCACAACAGAUAAAACACCGGCUUAACUCCACGGGCAUGUACGUGGCCAACACCAAGCCUGGAGGUUUUACCAUUGAAGUGAACAACAACAACAGCACGAUGGUGAUGACAGGCAUGCGCUUACAGAUUGGAACCCAGGCCAUUGAGCGGGCCCCAUCUUACAUUGAGAUCUUUGGCCGGACUAUGCAGCUCAAUCUGACACGCUCACGCUGGUUUGACUUCCCAUUCACCCGAGAAGAAGCCUUGCAGGCUGACAAGAAGCUGAGCAUCUUCAUUGGGGCCUCAGUGGAUCCAGCAGGAGUCACUAUGAUAGAUGCUGUCAAGAUUUAUGGCAAGACAAAGGAGCAGUUUGGCUGGCCUGAUGAACCCCCAGAGGAUUUCCCUUCUGCCUCUGUCAGUAAUAUCUGCCCACCCAAUGUGAGCCAGGGCAAUGGCACUGGAGAGAGUGACACAACAACCCCUGCCACUGCCAGCGGGACUGUCCUAGAGAGUUCUGAAACUGAAUCCCUAACCAAGCUGGAUCGGCUAGUGGGGAGUUCUUUAGAAGCCCUUGAAAGCUGCUUUGCUGUGGGCCCUAUCAGUGAGAAGGAAAAGAGCAAGGCUGCAGCUCAGGAGUUGGCUACCAUGCUACUGUCCAUGCCGGCACCAUCCAGUGUCCAGCAGCAAACCAAGAGCCUCCUUGCUAGCCUUCACACCAGCCGCUCAGCUUAUCACAACCACAAGGACCAGGCCUUGUUGAGUAAAGCUGUGCAGUGCCUCAACUCCUCCAGCAGAGACGGGAAGGAGCUGGACCCGGAGGUGUUCCAGCGGCUCGUGAUCACCGCUCGCUCUAUUGCCAUCAUGCGCCCCAACAACCUGGUUCAUUUCACCGAGUCCAAGGUGCCCCCGGUGGAAGCAGAAGGAGUGGAUGAGGGGAAAGAGCCCCAGAAACAUACAGAAGGGGAUGGCUGUACUUUCAUCACCCAGCUCAUCAACCACUUUUGGAAAUUGCAUGCAUCUAAACCAAAGAAUGCCUUUUUGGCACCUGCCUGCUUACCAGGUUUGACCCAUGUUGAAGCUACUGUUAAUGCAUUGGUGGACAUCAUCCAUGGCUAUUGUACUUGUGAGCUAGACUGUAUCAACACAGCCUCCAAGAUUUAUAUGCAGAUGCUCCUAUGCCCCGAUCCUGCGGUGAGCUUCUCCUGCAAACAGGCUCUGAUCCGAGUGCUAAGGCCCAGGAACAAGCGGAGACAUGUGACGCUGCCCUCUUCCCCUCGGAGCAACACACCCAUGGGAGACAAGGAUGAUGAUGAUGACGACGAUGCUGAUGAGAAGAUGCAGUCCUCAGGGAUUCCGGAGAGUGGGCACAUCCGGCAGGAGAGCCAAGAGCAGAAUGAGGUGGAUCAUGGCGACUUUGAGAUGGUGUCUGAGUCCAUGGUGCUGGAGACGGCUGAGAACGUGAACAAUGGCAAUCCUUCUCCCCUGGAGGCUCUUCUGGCUGGUGCAGAAGGCUUCCCUCCUAUGUUGGACAUCCCUCCUGAUGCAGAUGAUGAGACUAUGGUGGAGCUGGCCAUUGCCUUGAGCCUACAACAGGACCAGCAAGGCAGCAGCAGCAGUGCCCUGGGCCUGCAGAGCCUGGGACUGUCCGGCCAGGCACCCAGCUCUUCCUCCCUGGACGCAGGAACCCUUUCUGACACCACAGCAUCAGCUCCAGCAUCAGAUGACGAAGGCAGCACGGCCGCGACCGAUGGCUCCACCCUUCGGACUUCUCCUGCCGAUCAUGGCGGUAGUGUAGGCUCCGAGAGUGGAGGGAGCGCCGUGGACUCAGUGGCUGGAGAGCACAGUGUGUCAGGCCGGAGCAGUGCCUAUGGUGAUACUACAGCAGAGGGACACCCAGCUGGGCCAGGCAGUGUCAGCUCCAGUACUGGAGCCAUCAGUACCACCACAGGCCAGCAGGAAGGAGAUGGCUCUGAGGGAGAGGGAGAAGGGGAGGCUGAAGGAGACGUCAACACCAGUAACAGACUGCACAUGGUCCGCCUGAUGCUUUUGGAGAGGUUGCUGCAGACCUUACCCCAGCUGCGCAAUGUCGGUGGUGUCCGAGCUAUCCCUUAUAUGCAGGUCAUUCUGAUGCUCACAACUGAUCUGGAUGGAGAAGAUGAGAAGGACAAGGGUGCUCUGGACAACUUGCUGUCUCAGCUUAUUGCAGAAUUGGGCAUGGACAAGAAGGAUGUUUCUAAGAAGAAUGAACGCUGUGCCCUGAAUGAGGUCCAUCUGGUGGUGAUGAGGCUGUUGAGUGUCUUCAUGUCCAGGACCAAGUCAGGGUCCAAGUCUUCCAUCUGUGAGGUAGCCUCCCAGGGAAUGUGUAACCCUUCUCUGCUUUCCCUUCAGUCGUCCUCCCUCAUCUCCAGCGCCACUGCAGCUGCGCUGCUGAGCUCUGGGGCUGUGGACUACUGCCUGCAUGUGCUCAAGUCUCUGUUGGAUUACUGGAAGAGCCAGCAGAGUGACGAGGAGCCUGUGGCCACCAGCCAACUGCUGAAACCCCACACCACCUCUUCCCCCCCUGACAUGAGCCCCUUCUUCCUCCGACAGUAUGUGAAGGGCCAUGCCGCGGACGUGUUUGAGGCUUACACCCAGCUGCUGACCGAGAUGGUGCUCCGGCUGCCAUACCAAAUCAAGAAGAUCGCAGACACCAACUCUCGCAUCCCGCCACCGGUGUUUGACCAUUCAUGGUUUUACUUCCUGUCGGAGUACCUGAUGAUCCAGCAGACACCAUUUGUACGUCGCCAAGUCCGCAAACUUUUGCUAUUCAUCUGUGGCUCAAAGGAGAAGUACCGCCAGCUUCGGGACUUGCAUACCCUGGAUUCCCAUGUGCGCGGGAUCAAAAAGCUGCUGGAGGAGCAGGGAAUCUUCCUUCGGGCGAGUGUGGUCACAGCCAGCUCUGGCUCAGCCCUGCAGUAUGACACACUCAUCAGCCUGAUGGAGCAUCUCAAAGCCUGUGCAGAGAUUGCCACCCAGCGCACAAUCAACUGGCAGAAAUUCUGUAUUAAAGAUGACUCGGUCCUGUAUUUCCUUCUCCAAGUUAGUUUCCUAGUGGAUGAGGGAGUAUCCCCAGUGCUGUUGCAGCUGCUCUCCUGUGCUUUGUGUGGCAGCAAAGUGCUUACAGUGGCUGCUUCAUCCGGAUCCUCAAGUGCCGCCUCUGGCUCUUCUUCCUCCUCCUCUUCCUCAGCGCCCGUAGCCUCUGGUUCUGGGCAAACGACAACCCAGAGCAAGUCAUCCACCAAAAAGAGCAAGAAGGAAGAAAAGGAGAAAGAGAAGGAGGGUGAGUGCUCAGGCAGUCAAGAAGACCAGUUGUGCACAGCCUUGGUGAACCAAUUGAACAAAUUUGCUGACAAGGAGACCUUGAUACAGUUCCUUCGCUGCUUCCUGCUAGAGUCUAACUCCUCCUCUGUGCGCUGGCAAGCCCACUGCCUGGCACUGCACAUUUACAGAAAUUCCAACAAAUCACAACAGGAACUGCUAUUGGAUCUGAUGUGGUCCAUCUGGCCUGAACUCCCAGCCUAUGGCCGCAAGGCUGCCCAAUUUGUAGACCUGCUUGGAUAUUUUUCAUUGAAAACUCCACAGACUGAGAAAAAGUUGAAAGAAUAUUCGCAGAAGGCUGUAGAGAUUCUCCGAACUCAAAAUCAUAUCCUUACCAAUCAUCCUAACUCCAACAUCUACAAUACUCUGUCUGGUUUGGUGGAGUUUGAUGGUUAUUACCUAGAGAGUGAUCCGUGCUUGGUGUGUAACAACCCGGAGGUGCCAUUCUGUUAUAUCAAGCUUUCCUCCAUCAAAGUGGACACCCGCUACACCACCACUCAGCAGGUAGUGAAGCUCAUUGGUAGCCAUACCAUCAGCAAAGUGACAGUGAAGAUCGGGGACCUGAAGCGCACCAAGAUGGUACGCACCAUUAAUCUGUACUAUAACAACCGGACCGUGCAGGCCAUUGUGGAGCUGAAAAACAAGCCAGCUCGUUGGCACAAAGCCAAGAAGGUACAGUUGACCCCAGGGCAGACCGAAGUGAAGAUUGACUUGCCCCUUCCCAUCGUGGCUUCUAACCUGAUGAUUGAGUUUGCAGACUUCUAUGAAAACUACCAGGCUUCCACAGAGACUCUGCAGUGCCCUCGGUGCAGUGCUUCUGUUCCUGCCAAUCCAGGGGUCUGUGGCAACUGUGGGGAGAAUGUCUACCAGUGUCAUAAGUGCAGGUCCAUCAACUAUGAUGAGAAGGAUCCCUUCUUAUGCAAUGCUUGUGGCUUCUGUAAAUAUGCUCGCUUUGACUUCAUGCUUUACGCCAAGCCCUGCUGUGCUGUGGAUCCCAUUGAGAAUGAAGAAGAUCGAAAGAAGGCUGUGACCAACAUCAACACCCUCCUGGAUAAAGCUGAUCGAGUAUAUCACCAGCUAAUGGGGCACAGGCCACAACUAGAAAAUCUUCUUUGCAAAGUGAAUGAGGCAGCGCCUGAAAAGCCCCAGGAUGAUUCAAGUAGUACUGGGGGGAUCAGCUCCACAUCAGCCAGUGUAAAUCGCUACAUCCUGCAGCUGGCUCAAGAGUACUGUGGAGACUGUAAGAACUCUUUUGACGAACUCUCCAAGAUCAUACAGAAAGUCUUUGCUUCCCGGAAAGAGCUCCUAGAGUAUGAUCUGCAGCAGAGGGAGGCGGCUACCAAAUCUUCCCGGACGACGGUGCAGCCCACGUUCACUGCGAGCCAGUACCGAGCCUUGUCAGUCCUAGGCUGUGGCCACACCUCCUCCACCAAGUGCUAUGGGUGCGCCUCCGCAGUCACCGAGCACUGCAUCACGCUGCUGCGGGCCCUGGCCACGAACCCAGCCUUGCGACACAUCCUCGUCUCCCAGGGUCUUAUCCGGGAGCUCUUUGAUUACAAUCUGCGCCGGGGGGCAGCGUCCAUGCGGGAGGAAGUUCGCCAGCUCAUGUGCCUCCUCACUAGGGAUAAUCCAGAAGCAACUCAGCAGAUGAAUGACCUGAUCAUUGGCAAGGUCUCGGCGGCUCUGAAAGGCCAUUGGGCCAAUCCUGAUCUGGCCAGCAGCCUUCAAUAUGAAAUGCUUUUAUUGACUGACUCCAUCUCAAAGGAGGACAGCUGCUGGGAACUUCGCUUACGUUGUGCUCUCAGUCUUUUCCUCAUGGCCGUAAACAUCAAAACACCUGUCGUCGUGGAGAACAUCACCCUCAUGUGCCUCCGGAUCCUGCAGAAGCUGAUCAAGCCUCCUGCUCCGACCAGCAAGAAAAACAAGGACGUUCCUGUUGAAGCUCUCACCACAGUUAAGCCAUACUGCAAUGAGAUUCAUGCCCAGGCUCAGCUGUGGCUCAAGCGAGACCCAAAAGCAUCCUAUGAGGCCUGGAAGAAAUGCCUUCCCACUAGAGGUAUGGAUUCCAAUGGGAAAUCCUCCACUAGGUUAGAGCUCCGGCAACUCUACUUGACAGAGAAGUAUGUGUGGAGGUGGAAACAGUACAUGAGCCGUCGGGGGAAAAGGACCUCUCCCUUGGAUCUCAAGUUGGGUCACAACAAUUGGCUUCGGCAGGUGCUGUUCACUCCAGCGACCCAAGCAGCCCGUCAGGCAGCCUGUACCAUCGUGGAGGCUUUGGCAACCAUUCCCAGUCGUAAACAACAGGUCCUUGACCUCCUUACCAGUUACCUGGAUGAAUUGAGUAUUGCUGGAGAGUGUGCAGCUGAGUACUUGGCACUCUACCAGAAGCUAAUCAAACCGGCUCACUGGAAGGUCUACCUGGCUGCUCGGGGAGUCCUGCCCUAUGUUGGCAACCUCAUCACCAAGGAAAUAGCCCGUUUGCUGGCCCUGGAGGAAGCUACGCUGAGCACUGACUUACAACAGGGUUAUGCUCUCAAGAGCCUCACAGGUCUCCUUUCCUCCUUUGUUGAAGUGGAGUCCAUUAAGCGGCACUUCAAAAGCCGUCUGGUGGGCACUGUGUUAAAUGGUUACCUGUGUCUGCGUAAGCUGGUAGUGCAGAGGACCAAACUGAUCGACGAGACCCAGGAUAUGCUGCUGGAGAUGCUGGAGGACAUGACCACAGGCACAGAAUCAGAAACGAAGGCCUUCAUGGCAGUAUGCAUUGAAACAGCCAAGCGUUACAAUCUGGAUGACUACCGGACACCCGUCUUCAUCUUUGAGAGGCUCUGCAGUAUCAUUUAUCCUGAAGAGAAUGAAGUAACUGAGUUCUUUGUGACUCUGGAGAAGGAUCCCCAGCAGGAAGAUUUCUUACAGGGUCGCAUGCCUGGUAAUCCUUACAGCAGCAAUGAGCCAGGCAUUGGGCCUCUCAUGAGAGACAUCAAGAACAAGAUCUGCCAGGAUUGUGACCUGGUGGCCCUCCUGGAAGAUGAUAGUGGGAUGGAGCUCCUGGUGAACAAUAAAAUUAUCAGCUUGGAUCUUCCUGUGGCAGAGGUUUAUAAGAAGGUCUGGUGCCCCACAAAUGAGGGAGAACCCAUGAGGAUCAUCUAUCGCAUGCGGGGCUUGUUGGGUGAUGCCACUGAGGAAUUCAUUGAGUCCCUGGACUCCACCACAGAUGAAGAAGAAGAUGAAGAAGAGGUAUAUAAGAUGGCAGGGGUGAUGGCUCAGUGUGGGGGCUUGGAUUGCAUGCUCAAUAGACUGGCUGGGAUCAAGGAUUUCAAACAAGGCCGACAUCUUCUGACGGUACUGCUCAAACUGUUCAGUUACUGUGUGAAGGUGAAAGUGAAUCGGCAACAGUUGGUCAAACUUGAGAUGAACACGUUGAAUGUCAUGCUGGGGACUCUUAACUUGGCCCUGGUGGCUGAGCAGGAAAGCAAGGACAGUGGAGGGGCGGCUGUGGCGGAGCAGGUGCUCAGUAUCAUGGAGAUCAUUCUGGAUGAGUCGAAUGCCGAGCCCCUGAGUGAGGACAAGGGCAACCUUCUUCUGACAGGUGACAAGGAUCAGCUGGUGAUGUUGCUGGAUCAGAUCAAUAGCACUUUUGUGCGCUCCAAUCCCAGUGUCCUUCAGGGCUUGUUGCGAAUUAUCCCAUAUUUGUCCUUUGGAGAGAUGGAGAAAAUGCAGAUCCUAGUGGACCGAUUCAAACCAUACUGCAAUUUUGACAAGUAUGAUGAGGAUCACACUGGGGAUGAUAAAGUCUUCCUAGACUGUUUUUGCAAAAUAGCUGCUGGCAUUAAAAACAACAGCAAUGGACACCAGCUGAAAGAUCUGAUCCUCCAGAAGGGAAUCACACAGAAUGCACUGGAUUAUAUGAAGAAACACAUCCCUAGUGCCAAGAAUUUGGAUGCUGAUAUUUGGAAGAAGUUUUUAUCUCGCCCAGCCCUCCCCUUCAUCUUAAGGCUUCUUCGUGGGUUAGCCAUUCAGCACCCUUCCACCCAGGUGCUCAUUGGUACAGACUCCAUCACAAACCUGCACAAACUGGAGCAGGUGUCAAGCGAUGAGGGGAUUGGCACCCUGGCAGAGAACUUGUUGGAGGCACUUCGAGAACACCCUGAGGUGAACAAGAAGAUUGAUGCAGCUCGAAAGGAGACGCGGGCAGAGAAGAAACGUAUGGCCAUGGCCAUGAGGCAGAAGGCCUUGGGUACCCUGGGCAUGACGACAAAUGAGAAGGGUCAAGUUGUGACUAAGACGGCCCUGCUGAAGCAGAUGGAGGAGUUAAUUGAAGAGCCAGGCCUCACCUGCUGCAUCUGCAGGGAGGGCUACAAGUUCCAGCCUGCCAAGGUGCUGGGCAUUUACACCUUCACUAAGCGGGUGGCGCUUGAGGAGCUGGAGAAUAAGCCCCGGAAGCAGCAGGGAUACAGCACCGUGUCCCACUUCAAUAUCGUCCACUACGACUGCCACUUGGCCGCUGUCAGAUUGGCCCGAGGGCGAGAAGAAUGGGAGAGUGCAGCCCUUCAGAAUGCUAACACCAAGUGCAAUGGACUCCUCCCGGUGUGGGGACCCCACGUCCCAGAGUCUGCUUUUGCCACUUGCUUAGCAAGACAUAACACGUACCUCCAGGAGUGCACGGGACAGCGAGAGCCUACUUAUCAACUUAAUGUUCAUGACAUCAAGUUACUCUUCCUCCGUUUUGCCAUGGAACAGUCAUUCAGUGUAGACACAGGAGGUGGCGGCAGAGAGAGCAACAUACACCUAAUCCCCUACAUCAUUCACACCGUGCUUUAUGUCCUGAACACAACCAGGGCAACUUCCCGAGAAGAGAAGAACUUGCAGAGCUUUUUAGAGCAGCCCAAGGAAAAGUGGGUAGAGAGUGCCUUUGAGGUGGAUGGGCCCCACUACUACACUGUUUUGGCCCUCCACAUCUUGCCCCCAGAGAGAUGGAGAGCCAUCCGAGUGGAGAUCCUUCGGAGACUCUUGGUGAUCUCCCAAGCCCGAGCAGUGUCGCCAGGGGGAGCCAGCAGACUGACAGAUAAGUCUGUGAAGGACUACUCGGCCUAUCGCUCCGCACUUCUCUUCUGGGCCCUAGUCGAUCUCAUUUACAACAUGUUUAAGAAGGUGCCUACCAGUAACACGGAGGGAGGCUGGUCCUGCUCUCUAGCUGAGUUUAUCCGCCACAAUGACAUGCCCAUCUAUGAAGCCGCAGACAAGGCCCUGAAAACGUUCCAAGAGGAAUUCAUGCCUGUGGAAACAUUCUCAGAAUUCGUAGAUGUGGCUGGACUUCUCUCGGAAAUCAAUUUCGCUGACAACUUCCUGAAGGACCUUUUGAACUCAAUCCCCUGACCACCCAGCCUGGGAGAGUGACCGGCCAAGACUGACCCCAGCCUGCCUUCCGCCCCUGUGUUUCUCCUCUCCUCGUGCUUUGGUUUCUUUCCGAGGGGCGCUGCCGUUAGCGUUCCCCUCCCCUGCGGUUUGUGUGGGAGAGGCUUGGGGGGUUUAGACUUUGCUAUUUUAUCUUGUGUGUGGUGCAUUAGCUAUGAAGUUAUACGUACGUACCCCAAGCAUUGGAGGACCCUGUACAUACCAAGGGGCCAUGAGUUGUCCUGGCCAAACUUAAUACUUGAGUGUGCACAUCUUGAGAAAUAAGUGAAUGAAUAAAUACCCAUUGAAAAGGA